UUCUCUUCCACUCCAACUCUUUUCUUUUCUUCUCUUUUUUGCCCUCUCUCUCCAAUCAUUAUCUCUGACGGCCCUUUUUCAUGUUUGAUUUUUCGUUUCUUUUUUCUUUUUUAAAGGACAGUGCUUUUUCUCAUCAACGACAGCCCGUUUCUUAGCUUAAAGCUAGAGGCAGAAAAGUUCUUUCAUGUUUCAUGGAUAUGAAGUCGAUAGAUUGUAUACCUCUGGUCACUGAACGAAAAAGUUGGAGCUCAUGUCUUUGCAGACUUAUUCCGGCCACUGCCUUGCUCUGUGUAAUUUACUUCAUAGGGAGUUCAUUUGUAGCGCCAGAAAACAAAGAGAAAGCGUUUACAUGGGGAGUGGCUGAUAUUUUGCAAACGUCAAAAGUUGAAAAUUGCAAGAACCAAUGCAGGCCUCCUGGAAGUGAGCCAUUACCUGAAGGUAUCAUCACAAAAACAUCUAACUUGCAACUGCGACCUUUAUGGGGCUUCCCAAAGAAGGACGAUACUUCCAGCAGUUUAUUUGCAGUUGCUGUUGGAAUAAAGCAGAAAGAUCUUGUACAUGAAAUGGUCAAAAAGUUUCUAUCUAGUGGUUUUGCUGUCAUGCUUUUCCAUUAUGAUGGUAUAGUUGAUGAGUGGAAGUCUUUUGAAUGGAAUGAUCAAGUGAUACACGUUUCUGCACGCAAUCAAACAAAAUGGUGGUUUGCAAAGCGUUUCUUACACCCUGAUGUAGUUUCGGAAUACAGUUACAUCUUCCUUUGGGAUGAGGACCUUGGAGUUGAAGAUUUCCACCCAAAAAAAUAUGUGUCAAUUGUUGAGAGUGAGCGGCUUGAGAUAUCACAGCCGGCACUUGAUCCUGCUAAAUCAGAGGUACACCAUCAAAUUACUGCACGUGGAAGGAAAUCAAUGGUGCACAGGAGAACUUUCAAGCAUCGUGCUAAUGGGAGAAGUUGUGAUGGGCAGAGUAAAGCACCUCCUUGCACAGGGUGGAUAGAAAUGAUGGCCCCUGUUUUUUCAAGAGCUGCCUGGCGUUGUGUAUGGUACAUGAUUCAGAAUGACUUGAUCCAUGCCUGGGGCCUAGAUAUGCAACUUGGUUAUUGUGCACAGGGUGAUCGAACCAAAAAUAUUGGUGUUGUGGAUGCUGAGUACAUAGUCCACUACAAUCGUCCUACACUAGGGGGCACAGCUGAAAAAAAUCACUCUACUGUUGAAGGUGGACACAGAAACAAGAAAUCUUCUCAUUCACACUGGAAAGAUCCUAGAGUUGAAGUGAGGAGGCAGUCCUAUAUUGAGUUGGAUAUAUUCAGAAAACGAUGGGAAAAAGCUGUCAAGAACGAUAAGUGCUGGGUCGAUCCAUAUCAAUAGCAAAUAAACAAGAGCACCCGCUGCUGUGUAAAAUAUGUACACAAUCAUGCAUUAGAGAUGUUGCAAAACAAAAGGAAGAGACUGAGCAGGUAAUACGGUGGGUUCUUUGGCCCUGAGACCCUGAUUUGAGAAAAAAAAUUUCGAACAAAAUUGUUUAUUUCCCAUUUAAGUACACCAAGUUCGGUCCUGCUUCAGUUCGUUCGUGUAUAUUCGAUAAUUAAAUCGUUCUAUUUUUUUAGUCAAUAAGAAAAAUGUAAUAUUUAUAGGAACUGGCAAGAAAUAAUAAAAGCCCCCCCCCCCUUUUUUUUUUGUUACUGUUUUUUCAUUUUGUCCACUUUGUUCCUCCUCAAGUUGUUACAAAGCAGCAAUGCAUGUGUGAUUUUCAA